AUGAGUUCUUCUUCUUCUUGCCUGCCGCCGUCGCGGGGUGCGUCGUCGUCGUCGCACGGAUGCUGCUGCCACCGCCUCCUCCUCGCGUCCACCUCCCUGCCGGCGACGAGGAGCAGAGGCGCUCGCCUCACUGUCGCUCUCCGGUCCUCCCUCUUACUUCCCGCCGGCCCUCACAGCACGCCAAGGAGCCGAAGAGUCGCAUGCAGAGCAGCGGAUGAGACUGAGCCUGAGCCUGUGAGCAAUGGCGACGAGGAGAAAAGAGAGGUUGCAGAAGAUGCUUCAUCGCCUUCAGUUGACAGUGUUGUUGCAGAACCAAAUGCAACUGCAGAGACAGGCUCCAGUGCAGAUAACACGAAAGAUGAAUCCCCGAAUGCAGAGCCGCUGAGCAUCAGCAACACGCUUCGGAACAUCAGCAGAUUGACUGGUACUGCAGCCACUGAUGCGAAGGAGCAGGUGGAGGUUGCCGAUGUUCAAAACAUCGACAAAGAUGCUACUGCAGGCACUGACAGCGCUGCACAGGCACAGGUGGAGCCUGUCGAUGUUGCUAGCGGCUCGCCUUUGCCUGGAAUGAAGCAACAGCUUGAGGAAGCUGUUACUAUCCCCAAGGAAACAGUAGACAUUCUAAAGGAUCAAGUUUUCGGUUUUGACACGUUCUUCGUGACCAGCCAUGAGCCGUAUGAGGGAGGAAUACUAUUCAAGGGGAACUUGCGCGGUGUGCCAGCCAUAAGUUUUGAGAAGAUCACUACUAGACUAGAGAACAAAUUUGGUGAUGAAUUUAGGGUUUUUCUUCUCAUCAAUCCAGAGGAUGAGCAGCCAGUUGUGGUAGUUGUACCUAGGCAGACAGUGGAGCCUGUUACUGGAGCCGUCCCAGAGUGGGCUGCUGCUGGCGCAUUCGGAUUAGUUACCGUCCUCACCUUGUUGCUUCGAAAUGUACCUGUCCUCCAGGACAACUUGCUAUCAACAUUUGAUAACCCUGAGCUAUUGAAAGAAGGACUGUCUGGUGCCCUGGUAACUGGACUCAUAGUAGGGGUUCAUGAAAUUGGACACAUCCUUGCUGCUAAGGAUGCUGGGGUCAAGCUUUCAGUGCCAUAUUUUGUUCCUAGCUGGCAGAUAGGAUCUUUUGGUACCAUCACCAGAAUAGUCAACAUUGUCCGCAACCGCGGGGACCUACUGAAGGUAGCAGGCGCUGGACCGAUUGCGGGGUACACCCUUGGAUUUGCUCUUCUGCUACUCGGCUUCACCUUACCUCCUAGUGAUGGCAUCGGCAUCAUCGUAGAUCCAGCCGUAUUUCAUCAAUCAUUUCUUCUCGGUGGUCUUGCAAAGCUUAUUCUCGGAGAUGUUCUAAAAGAAGGGACACAGCUAUCCAUCAACCCACUGGUUUUAUGGGCUUGGGCUGGUCUCCUAAUCAAUGCCAUCAAUAGCAUCCCUGCAGGAGAGCUCGACGGCGGUCGCAUAGCAUUCGCCAUGUGGGGAAGAAAGGUAUCGUCUCGGCUCAGCAGUGUCACCAUCGGAUUGCUUGGGCUCUCGUCGCUCUUCAGCGACGUCGCCUUCUACUUUGUGGUGCUCAUCUUCUUCCUGCAGCGGGGUCCAAUCGCUCCUCUCUCUGAGGAAAUAACAGAGCCUGAUAAUACCUACAUCGGCCUUGGCGUCGCCGUUCUGUUCCUGGGGCUCCUGGUCUGCCUGCCCUAUCCGUUCCUCUUCGAUCCAUCGCAAGUUACUGAUUUUGACUUCUGAAGAAACAGUUUUGGAACUCUCAUAGCUUCUCUUCCAACAGUAUCUGUGAGAUGGUUAUGUCAUCUUCAUGAUAAUUCCUUGAUCAUAAUAGCUCCUUGCAGUAGCAAAAAUAAAACGCAGGAGUUUUUCUUGUGGUAGCUAGUGUUCACCUUGUACCAGAGUAGAGCAACAUAGUCCAGUAUUACAUUGUUCCGGCUGUACCUGUUAUCUGUUCAAAUUCUGAUGUUCAGUUCAUGACAGAUUAUCUCGACCUUUCUGUAAGUUGAUAACUAUUGUGCUAAUUUCAGAACAGUAUUUGCUGUCAA